AUGGCUGAUAAAUGGGACGCAAGCGCGAUCUCGGCCGUAGUGGCCCUGGUUUUCGCAUUGUUCGCGCUCCUAGUCGCUGUAGCCCAAGCAUUGCAACAGUACUUAAUCACUGGCCAGCUCAUCCGCCUCUGCGACAGUGUUGUGUUUGGCCCGCUCCCUGGCCAGGGCCGCCGCAUCUGGCAACUCUCCCAGUUUCGCUUCCGCGUGGUGUAUUCUAUCCCUCAAAUUAGUCUCCAGGCCAACCUGUGGCCUAAUCAGAGCCCACAUAUCAAGUCUUAUGCCAUCGGGCAGGAGUAUCUUCCUGAUCUCGAUCUAGUUCCUGUGGCCGACAACUUAUCAUCGAGCACCUCAACCCUCUCGGGCUCCUCAGUCGACGGUACGACCAUCCUCAGUCGACGUACCAGGGAGUGGGAAGUCAAUGCAGCGAACAUCGACAGUGGAUUUUGGGGCCAAUCGACUCGUUUUCAGCGCUUUCGUACUGGUUGGCUUUCCGUGGGCAUCUGGCUGAGCUGUUGGUUCAGCAAAAUCCGAUUAAGGAUGCCGUUCCCGAAAAAGGAACGACGAGCCAUUCAUUGUGUCGACGGAUCUGUGGGUGAGGCAUCUUGGGUGUCCUUCUGCAAAGCCAUCAACGGGUCAUGUGGAGCUUCAGUGCGAUACCACUCGGUCACUUAUGAUGCCGACCGAUGCCCGUCAGAUCUGGUAACGGCACCGAUGCAAGUUUCCAUGAGGGAUGUUGCCGUAAUGGGGUUGACGGCGGGCAUGAAAAUCACGAGCUGUUCGUUCAUGGAAAAGUCCAUCUCGAUGCAGGGCGCCGUCGGCUCUAUCACCAGCUCCAACCAUGCCAUUCUCGGGCCGAUACUUCAUUUCACCCCUAGAGCCUUUGCCUCAGUCAUACCUCGCCCUCUAGCACCUGGAAGCGCCGAUGGCAGAGGAAUCGUUGAACCAAGAUGGCUGGCGCGGACAUGGGACGUCUGCACCGUUGCUGGGACGUUCUUCAACUCGGUGAAGAGACGUACUACCAGACGCCUAGACGAUCGAUGGUCUAGUUAUCAAGAGGCCAACCACCCUCCCGAAGUCAACACACGCAAAGGAGAGUUCCACCAGGGUGGGAUCGUCCCGGUCGAUGAGAAGAAGAAGCAUAGGCCUACUCGCGGGCCACCUUGGACUAGAAUGCGGAUGGAAAAACAAAAGCCCAAGGAAAAACCAAAUACACCAGAACCACAUAGCACACUCUUGAUUCCUCAGACUCGAGCCACCAUAUCUGUUACCCACCGGCCCCAGGACGGCCCUUGGACCAUCACUCAGCCAGAUUCGCCUUCCCGAUUGGGGGUUGUGAAAGAGCUUAGAGGCAAAGAAAAGGCUCCAGUGGUGAACGUCCAGAGCGGAACUGGGGAAGAUGAGGAAGUCCACGUCACGCCAUCAACUCCACCUGAGCCGACCAUUGACCCGGCCUUGUCUGGGGGGCAAGCUACGACGUCCGCAGGGGCGGUUCGGGAGCAACACUCGGGCCAGAAAUCAGCGACCAAAGAACCUCCUAAGUCCAACGAGGUAUAUCUCAUGGUGGGUGAAACGCCUGAGCAUGUACCCGAAGUCUGCCCUGGCCAGGCCAACGACGCGACGCAAGAGGGGGCCAAAGCAUCAAGACAAGGUGAUGAUACUCAACCUGCGCCGGCUCCGAUGUCCACAUUUCAAGGUGAACCACAGACUGAUGCAUCAGAGUUUCCAAUGGAAGCGACCAAAACGGAACAAGUUCAAAAUGAUUCAUGGGGAGCCUCUUUAGAGGCUAGCGAAUCCAGGUCAUCCGAGCCUCAAGCUGGUGGAGGAGGCUCGCUGGCCACUUUUGGAAGGCCAGUGACUCCUCUUCUAUUGACACAGACGUCGCAUUGGGAGGAAUUGCCGGCAGGAAAUCCCCGAGGCUCAGUUAGCCAGGGGACAAGGAAACGCCAACCGCAGAGACAGGCCACGGUAGAAGACGCACCAGAUAGUGGCGAAGGAGAAGGGGCCUCUCGUACUGGAAGAUCACCGGACCCCGAGACGCAUGACCGAGGUCUUGCUGCCAAGAUGCGACAAAAAGCACGGAACGAGCGCAGCCGCAAGAUCCAGAGGGACAAAACCGUUGUUGAAGGGUCAAAAACGGAUGAUGGCAAGCCCCGACUCUUGCUAACGUACCCGCAGGACGGGUCGGACUCAGGGCCUUCAAGGCCAGUGUCAAUGACAGAAGAGCAGAUGGCUUUUGCAAGAGAGGCGGAACGCCAACAGAGAAGAGAGGAGAGGGAGCUCGAGCGAGACAAACGGAACAAAUCACGAGGAAACGUUGUUUCCCUCGAUCGAAUGGACAUGUAUUGGUUCUGCCAGGUGGACAUCUACCAGGGAUUCUGGGCCACGCCAUGGGCGUCUGUCGCGCCCCUGCAGACGUCACUGGUCGGUGCUAUCACAGUUAUCUUGGAGGCGUUACUGGGGUUUCUGGAAGAGAAGACCAGCUUAAUCUACUGCGAUCCAAGCCUCUUCUACUACCAGACCCAGGGUUGGAUCUCUCGCGGCCGCACAUCGUAUCCGGCCUACGCAAGCAAUGCCCGCGGCGGGGUCAUCGCGCACGGUGCCUACAAAGGCGUGCACGUCCCGGCCUUCCAGUGUACCAUCCCAGCGCUCGAGCUGCUCUAUUCGUACGACUGGCAGGUGUCUAGCUGCCUUCACGACCAGGAACUAUACUGCGAGGAGCAGAAUAUCGAGCUGAUGCGCAUCGACGCCUGGCUCUCCUACGUCGGUCGGACUGACAUGAUCUCGCGCGGGCCCAGGGACCUGCUGAACGGAGCGCCGGCGCUUGUGCAACUCCUCCAGGCCGAGUUCGAGAUUGACUUCAUGAACAUCGACCUCUCGGCCAAGGAAGGCGGCCACCAGGACAUCCAGGGCCUGGCCGAUAAUGUCAUGGACUUCCUCACUGACGAGGAGCUCAACGAGGCCGAGCAGCUGUACAUACUUGUUGCCCUGCUCCGCGCCGUCAAGGUGUGCCAGUGCGUGUUGGCUGGAUCGAGCACGGCCAAGAUAAACGAGAUUCUCUUGAAAGAUGUUCAAGCACAUCUCGUCUGA